AUGGUCACCAAUGAUCCUGCACCACACACCCAGGUUUACAGGCUCAGAAAUGCGGUCACACUUCUCUCCCAGGAAAAGUCUUUCCUUGAAGGACUUUGCAAAGUGACACCUCCAUACAAUGAGUCGGAGAAAUCGAUUUCUCUUGCUACCGUGUGUGAAGGCAGAAAGCAGGAGAUUGCGCAGCAUAAGGAGGCGGCGAAGCAAGCCAAGCACGAGAGGGAUCAGGAGAUUGCGCGGGAGAAGAAGGCGAAGAAGGCGGAGAAGGCGGCGAAGCAAGUCAAGACCGCGAAGCAAGGGGCUGGAAUUCUUCUGGGGGUGCUACAGUACAAUCAUCGGAUAGCUUUGGUCCGUAACUUCAUUGUUCAGUACAAACCGGAGAAGGGUGACUAG